AUGACAGAACAUGUAACGAAGAGUUCCUCCUCCAAUGACGGGUCAACACCCACUCUUGAGCACGAAGCAGAGGGAAGCCCGCUGAUUGGAAGUGAACACGAUUUUGAUGAAAUUAAUUCUAGUCGAGUCUUGGAUAUCGACCCUGAUGAAAUAUCGGAACAUGAACAAACAUGUAUUAACAAUCUUCUUUCUUCGGAAACUCAUUGGUCAACAAAACUUGACUGUUUGCAAGAAAUUGAUGAUGUUCUCACAUCUGGAAAGCUGUCAAAGAAAAAAGCAAUUUCAAUUUCAUCUUCUAUUGUAGAACCUCUCUCACAAAUGCUGUCAGAUCUCCGAUCGUCGAUUGUUAAAGCUUCAAGCGACGUUCUUGUUUCUGUUGCAAAACUACUGAAAGAAGAUUUUCAAGCACACAACAACUUAAUUCUCAAGCCGCUCAUGAAAAGUUCUUUCUCAAUCAUUGAAUCCAUCGCUACUUCUUGUAGAAUAUGUCUUGAAGACAUUGUAAAUAUUCCCGGAGCAAUUCACGAAAAGUCAUACAAACUAUUUGAGGAAUUUUUGGAGGAUGUAGUUUAUCAAGGAAAUGCAAACACCAAACUAACGGCCUUGAAUAUCAUUACAUCCUUACAUAAACAGGGAGAAAAUAUUUUUAAUAAGGAAGCUAUAUUAAAAUCCCUAAAGAAGUUAAAGCGAGACGAAAAUAAGGACAUAUUGACAAGUGUUGAGGAUGUUGAAACUCUGUUCAACGAAGAAAAAACAGAAAUGACAAUUUUGGUAAACGAAGACAUUGCGCGAUCGUUGCGGUCAAGUUUAGAGGAAAUUGACACGUCAUUCACACAACAACGGAGCCCUAGUGUUGAUACAUCUCUACAAUUCUCUCCUCUUGAGUCUUACAUGCACCAUAUUACUCCUCUUUACAUUGAUUCAUCAACAAGAGUCAACACGGAAAUGACUCUUGUUGAGAAAAAGGAUGGCUCAACCUCUCCAAAGGAAAAAGUUGUUUACACAAUUGAAGAUUUAGAGAAGGCAAAGAAUGACAGUGUACAAAAAAUUUUAACAGAGAUGUCAAUAUUAAGCGCCGAUUAUGAUGACAUGGAAGUGAGGUUAAACAAUGAAAUUCGAAAGAGAAGAGAACUUGAAUCGUUUGUUCAAAAUUAUGAAAAAGAGUUUAAGAACCUGUCUCUUAAAAAUGGAGAUGACAAAGAAAAAGAAAGCAUCAAAGUUCAGUACACUCAGUUAUUGAUUGAUUACUCAAAAAUUGAAUCCUCAUUUAAAGAACUUAAAUUAAGAUAUUACGAAAUGAAAAAUAUUAACGAGAAAUAUAAGCAAAAUGAAUCCAUAAUGAAAGAAAAGCUGCAAUCAAGCGCAAAAGAAUGUAAAAUUUUUGAAGCUAAAUAUGUGAAGCUUAAAGAACAUGCUGAAGAGCAACUUAAUAACGCUAAUAUUAAGCUCAAGGAGUUUGCGGCUGUAAAGUCUCACCAUGAACAUACAAUUUCAACGUUGGAACAAGAGGUAACAAAAGUGAAAAGAGAGAAAGAUGAGAAAGAUUUACUUAUUGAAAAUUUAAACGACAAGAUCAAAAAACUUUCGCUUGUUCCGAAAACUCAAAUUAAGGCAAUGGAAGACAAAAUUAAAAACUUGGAAAUUACAAACGAACAGUUAGUUUCAGACAUUGCUGAAUCUCAAAGGCGAGCAAUAACAACGGAGACAGAACUGCGAAAACAAAAGGAAGAUAAUCAAUCUCUUGCAUCUCGAAGUGAGGAACUGCAACAAUCGUUGCACGUUUUUUAUGAGGAAAACCAAAAGCUUAAAGCCAAAAUUUAUGACAAGACCAAUGAAAUUGAAGCACUGAAAUCGCUCAUAUCGUCUUCAAAACCUUCAAGCACGCCUUCUUCAUCGACGGAGCUUGAAGAAAAGUUAAAGAAAGAAGAAGAACGAAGGCAACAGCUUGAAUCCAGGCUAAAAGCCAAAGAAAAGGAAAACAAGGAGCUUUUAGACAUUUGCAAUCAAUUAAUUGCCAAGAUUGAACGCAAACCCGAAGAAUAA